UCUACCUUCUUGGCAAAAUUGUACCAACACCUUUUGUGCCAUUCACUGUCCUACAGUAUGGAGCAGCUGCUGGUGUAAUGGUCACAGCAUCUCACAAUCCAAAGGAUGAUAAUGGUUAUAAAGUUUACUGGGAAAAUGGGGCUCAGAUCAUUCCCCCUCAUGACUCAGGAAUACAAAAAUCCAUUGAAGAAAACCUGAGCCCUUGGGAAGAUGCCUGGGAUGUAGAGAAAGCCUUGGCUGAUCCCAGACUUACUGACCCCCUGGAUGACAUCUCCAACAAGUAUUUCUCCAAGCUGGGGUCUUCUAUGCUGAAUAAAGAAAAAAACCAAAGUUCACCGCUGACCUUCACAGUGACAGCCAUGCAUGGUGUUUCACAUGACUAUAUGGUGGAAGCUUUCAAAGUGUGUGGAUUCAAG